AUGCCACUCAACGCUAAAGCCGUUUACUCCCGCGCAAAUGCGGACUACGCCCCGUUCGCCAGUCGACGGAGUACCGUCCACAGCACCAAGGGCAUUGUAUCAUGCAGUCAGCCGCUAGCUGCUGCGGCAGGUCAUCGAAUCUUGAGCCAAGGUGGAAAUGCAGCAGAUGCCGCUGUGGCAGUGGCCGCCGCACUCAACAUGACCGAGCCCUGCUCCACUGGUAUCGGAGGUGAUAUGUUCUGUCUCUUCUACAAUGUCAAGACGAAGAAGGUGCAUGCACUCAACGGUUCAGGCCGGUAUCCCGGCAAUGCCACCUUGGAGAAAGUCCGCAAGGACCUUGGUCUGGCUCCCGGUGCACCGGGCGAUAUCCCCAUGCUCAGUGCUCUGUCCGUGACUACGCCUGGAGCCGCGGCCGGGUGGGUCGAUACGAUUGAGAAAUUUGGCAGCGGCAAGCUGUCGCUGGAGCAGAUUCUCCAGCCUGCCAUUGAGCUCGGCGAAGAGGGAUUCCCUGUGUCGGAACUCACGUCGAAGAGUUGGCAUAAUGCUGAGAAUGAUAUCCGCAACGCAUCGCCUAAUUUCCGCGAGAUGUUGAAGAAAGAUGAGUCGGCCAAAGACGGCGUGCGAGCCCCGGGCCCUGGCGAGAUCAUGAAAAAUCCCACUCUAGCCAAGACCUUCCGCGCACUUGCUGCAGAGGGCAAGAAAGGUUUCUACCAAGGUCGCAUCGCAGAAGCCAUUGUCAAGGUACUUCAAGAUCAGGGCGCGUACAUGUCACUCGAGGAUCUGGCCUAUCACGCCGAGACUGGGACACAGGAAGUCGAUGCCAUCUCCCUCAAAUUCACCGGCCAGGAUGUCAUCCCCAAAUCGACCCCCGGCACAGAUGGGGAGGCCAACCAGGGCGUCGAGGUCUGGGAACACCCACCCAACGGCCAAGGCAUCGUAGCAUUGAUGGCGCUCGGAAUCAUGGAAGAGCUCGAGAAAUCUGGCAAGAUCCCCAAGUUCACCGAAGCCCAGCACAACUCCGCCGAAUACCUGCACGCCGUGAUCGAGAGUCUGCGCAUCGCCUUCGCCGACGCAGCCUGGUGGGUCACCGAUCCCGACGUGGAGAAAGUGCCAUCGCAAGGCCUGCUCGACCGCGCAUACCUUGCCGAGCGAGCGAAGCUCUUCACAGCAGAGCGUGCAACCGACAUCAUCGACCACGGCAGUCCGGCCCACAACCACUGCGAUACAGUGUACUUUGCCGUGACAGACAGCGAAGGCAACGGCAUCUCUUUCAUUAACAGUAACUACGCCGGGUUCGGGUCAUCCAUCAUUCCCGCUGGAUGUGGCUUCACGCUGCAGAACCGUGGUGCCAAUUUCUCGCUGCAGGAAGGACACCCUAACGUUCUGGCGCCGCGAAAGCGUCCCUACCACACCAUCAUCCCGGCUCUGAUCACCAAUGUUGCCGACGGCUCCUUGCACUCUGUGUAUGGUGUUAUGGGUGGCUUUAUGCAGCCGCAGGGCCAUGUGCAGGUGCUGCUCAAUAUGCUUGCUUUCGGGUAUCAUCCCCAGGCAGCGCUUGAUGCGCCGCGCAUCUGUAUUGCUGCGCCGACGGACCAGAGUGCCGAUGGCACGAUCUGGGUUGAGGAGGGUAUCAGUGAUGCUGCUAUUGAGGGACUGCGCGGGCUCGGUCACAAGGUUGAGGUGGUGACUGGCUGGAAACGGGGUAACUUUGGUCGCGGCCAGAUCAUUCGUUCGUACUAUGACGAUGGAAAGUUGGUGUAUGCGGCAGGCAGUGAUCCGCGGGGCGAUGGAAUGGCGUUCCCUCUGCUGUAG